AUGAAAAUACAUUUAACAUAUAUAUUUUUAUUAUUUAUAAUUAAAAUUGUUGAAAACCAAACGAAAUAUUUAAGAAAGCAUAUUUUCUCUUUUAUUUACAUUUGGGAAGGUUAGGUAAGUAGCACAUAUAUACUGUAACAGUAUAUAGAGAAAACCCGACUGCGGCGCAACGUCUUGCGGCUGCAAGUUGCAGCGUGCCGAUAAAAAGCUAAGUGAUUGGUUAUUUUUCGCUUAUGUACUUAUUGUAUGAUUAUAUAUAAACAGUGCAACUGCAGUUCGUUAUUUAAGGUUGUGUACCUGCUUGUUUUAGAUAUGUUUCAAACUUUGAGUACAUUCGAUACACAACUUUACGCGGACUCUGUGGAAUGGUGUCCCAUAGAACCAUUCAAAGACUUAUUUGUAUGUGGGACGUAUCAACUGAUAGUAUCAACAGAAAGUAUUUCGAAGAAAAAAUCAAAAUCAAGUAGACGUUUAGGCAGAAUAUAUUUGUUUCAAGUCAUUAAAGAUGGUAGUAUGAAGUUGUUGCAACAAUUAGAAACAGAAGGGGUAUUGGAUAUGAAAUGGGCUCACGUUACGUGUAAUCAAAAAAUAUUGUUAGGCGUUGUUAAUUCAUUAGGCUAUUUGCAAAUUUACCAAUUACAAAAUGAAGACGACGAAAUAUUAAAAUUAAUGACAGAAUUGAAAGUAAACGAUCAGAAGGAAGAAAUUCUAGCAUUAUCCCUCGACUGGUCUACAGGAAAAUAUUCUUGCGAAAAUAAUUCCAUAGCUAAUAUAAUAGUUAGCGAUUCUACUGGUGGCAUAACUUUAUUCGAGUUACAUAACGACCAAAUGAAAAUUCUAACGUCAUGGUUGUCUCAUGAAUAUGAAGCAUGGAUAUCUGCUUUCGAUUAUUGGAAUGUAAACGUAAUAUACACUGGUGGAGACGAUUGUAAAUUUCAACGAUUUGAUAUAAGAACAGGAAAGAAGUUUACCAUGAGCAAUAUGAUCCACACUGCUGGUGUUACUAGUAUUCACAGUAAUGCUGAUAAAGAACAUCUAUUAGCAUCAGGAAGUUAUGACGAAAAAUUACGUUUAUGGGAUACGAGAAAUUUCAAGAGACCAAUCUCAGAAACGAAUUUACACGGUGGUAUUUGGCGUUUGAAAUGGGAUCCUUUCGCGCGUCGAUCUCUAUUGGCGGCUUGCAUGUACGGUGGAUUUAAAGUAAUCGAUUGUCAGAAUAUUGAGACGCCUUCCAUCAUUGAUGAAUAUAAUAACCACGAAAGUUUAUCUUACGGAUGCGAUUGGUCAUUCCUUUCGCGUCAAUGUAUCAUGGAACGAGCUAUAUUUCAAACGAACGAGCAAAACUUAGGAUUAGCGUGUAUAUGUACAUUUUACGAUCAUGAUUUAAAACUUUCUGUAGUACGUUUGACCGAAGAAUAAUCAAAUUAUGUAUAUUUAUAAUUAUUACAAAUGUAUACUAUAUACAUCGACAUUUCAUAUACUACAACAUAUUUAUAUACGAACAUA